AUGAAAACUUCUAUUGUAACACGUAGUGCUGCUGCCACCAAAGCACAUGCUUCCAAAAACUUGAGCACAAAACUUUCAAAUGGUUUGCAAGUAAUCUCAAAAGAACGAAGUGGAGCUGUUAGUCAGUUGGUAAGUAAAUUUUUAAGAAUUUUUUGAUAACAAUUACAUUGUUUAAGGUACUCGCAUUCCGUGCUGGAUCGCGUUAUCAAUCAGACAAACAAAGUGGAUUAGUUCAUCAUAUUAGAAAUUUUGUUGGUCGUGACACUUCAAAGUAUCCUGGUAUUUCCGUUGUUUGGUCAUCGGCAGCAAUUGGAGCGAAUUUAGUAGGUCUUAAUUUUGUAACCAAUUCAAUUGUUUUAUUUGCAGACAUCUUUCUCAACUCGCGAUGUUUUUGGAGUUCAAAUGACUGUGAAUCGUGAUCACACUGACACCGCUUUGUCAAUUCUUGGCCACGUUGCAUCGCAACCUGCAUUCAAAGCUUGGGAAUUUGAAGAUGUCAGUUCAUAAAAUAUAUAUGUUGUAUAUCUAUUUAAUAAUUCAGGUUAUCCCAAGUGUCAAAUCUGAUUUGGCAUUCAAGAAUUCGUACGAUUAUGUUUUGGAAGGAAUUCACAGCGCCGCAUUCAGACAAGGCUCUUUGGCUAAUUCGAUUUAUGCGAAACGUGGUGAGAUUGGAAUUUACAAAUCGGAUGAUUUGAAUGGAUUUGCUGUAAGUUUAAAGUUUCAGCACUAAAACUUUUAAAAAAUAUUUUUAGAGCAAACAUUUUGUUAGUGGAAACGGUGUUAUUGUUGGAAUCAACACAAAUUCUCAAUCCCUUCAACAUUAUGCCGAUGAAUUGCUUCCAAUCAACGAUGGAUCAAAUGUCGUUUUAUCUGAAUCACCAUACAAAGGUGGAGAUUUCAGAAGAUCUGGAAAAGGAAAUGAUGCACAUAUUAUUUUGGCUGGAAACGGAGCUGCUAUAAAUGAUACAAAUGCACUUGCUGUUCAAGCUGUUUUCUUGUCUCACAUUGGACGUGUUUCUCCAUUGAAGUUAGUGUUUUCUGUGACUAGAAAAUUAGAUUUUCUUCAAAAAAUGAGUUCAUUUCCACAGAUUUGCCACACUCCCUGGUUUGUCAAGUGGUCUCUCAAAACUUCCAUUCGGAGUUGCUGGAAGCGCAUUCCAUGCAUCUUAUGAACAAGCUGGACUCGUUGGUGUUUAUUUGUUGGCCAACGGCGAAAAUGCAAAUGCGGCUGUGAAAUCAGCAUUCAAUAUUUUGAAAUCGCCAAAAAUUGAAGAUUUGGAAGGAUCGAAACGACGAGCAAUUGCUGAAAUCGAAACAAAUUAUGCGGAUGGAGCAAAUGAAGCAAUUCAAAGAGCUAUUAUUGCACUUGGAAAAGGACCAGGACGUAAUGCAUUGAUUGAGAGUAUCAAAAAGGUAUGUUUUUCUAUUAGCUAUUUUUUUUUUUGAAAAAAUCGAUUUUAUUGAAGGUUUCCGCUUCCGACAUCACUCAAUUUGCUCAAAAAGCAUUCGCAAAACCAUCACUUGCUUCAUACGGUGCAAUUUCGCAAAUUCCAUACGUCGAUGAGCUUUAG